CAUGUUUGUACGGAGCAACGGAGAACUACAGCAGCAGCAGCGAUGGCUACAAGUGAUGGACGCGAUUAUUUUCAGAGAACAAGUCUCUUCUGGAUGGUCACCAUAUCAGUGUCGCUGAUAUAUUUCGCUUGCACAGUGUUUGCACCAGAUGUAGUCCCAUUUGAGCUCCUUGGUCCAUUUGGCACCUUCUCCAAAAACCUUGCGGAUAACCAUCCUGACCUACUGUACAAAGGGUGGUGGUUGACCUGUGCUAUUCAUCUUUGUGAGGCCCUGGUUGCACUGAAGUUGUGCAGUAACAAAGGCAUCAAGGACAUGUCCACUCGGUGCCUGUGGUUUAUCCAGACCUUUCUGUUCGGCUUCGCCUCCCUCCACCUGCUAAUUAAGUACGACCCAGAGCGUUCCAAGCAGGACUGACCUUACCAGGAGAGGCCUACUGAACAACACAUCUGAGUCUAGAGACCCCUUCUUGGGCCCUCAACUUCUUCCACUGUUCACUUUGAUUAUAAGAUCCUGCUGGAGAGCAUGAAAUGGAGCAAUACUCCUGAGCAGUUUCUUUAAUAGUGUUUCUUUUAAUAUAAUUCUGAAGACUUAUCUUUGAUAGAAACGCUAGAAAUUUUCUUACAUAGUUUACGAAAUCUUUAAUUCCUGUAAUAGAUCAGUUUCAUUCCAUAUUUUCUAGCGCUGAGGGAGUACGGUGCUGCCUUUUCAGAAAUAAUAUAUUUUAAAGUUUGUCUUGAUGCUGAUUACGAGGGAUAAGGGUUAUUUAAAUAUGAGUCUCCUCAUGAUGAAUUUGAGUGCAGUACAUGGUACAAAAUGUAGAACAGAUUACCUAAAGGUGUUUACAUUCAGCCUACAUGGUGCAGUACAGGUGGGUUGGUUUUGGGGGGUUUCCCUUUUUUCUCAGCUGCUUGGAUGAACGUGAUGCCUGACAGGUUUGCUGCAGAUGGUAUUUUGCCAUCGUCCUCAAAAGUGCUCUUGGAUUAUAUGAAGAGGGGAGGUGUUGUCAAAUUUGCCUUUCUCAGAUUAAAGUGCUGUGAUUCAUAGUCUUAAUGUUGACACUACAAAAUGAAGGAUGAGUGAACUGAAUCCACUGUGGGGUGUUUUCUUUUUUUCUUCUUCUUUUUAAAAAAAAUAGCAUUUGUGUGAUUUGAGAUGAAUAAAAAGUGGUCUCACCUCUGUGUUUAUUCAGUUCAGAUGUAUUUAUGUUGUGGCAAACCAAAACAGUUGUCCUCCAGGUGCUUAAUACUGUGAGGUACAUCCCUUUCAGUAGUCCAGAGAAAACUGCAAUUAAAUGACCUAUAGGCAGGUACUAGGUAACAACAGGAAGGAAGAACAUCCUUUUAACAGGACAAAGUCUCAAGACAAAAAUGUAAUGAC